AUUAUGCAUUCUGUCACGCCCGCUCAGAAGCUUUGAAUUCAUCUUCUGGAGAUUUGUGUGGGUGGAAGAGGGCAUUAUAGUGUGGUUCAAACGAAGCCCAGAAGGCAAAAAACUUCUAUAUCCCAUUUCAGUAUGAGAAGAAAUUUGGUUUGGUUGCUUUUGAGCUUCAUUUUUAUGGAAUGCUGGUUAGUUGGGGCUGCUAUUGGGGCCAUGGUCCAAGAGAAAGCAGAAGCAGCAACUCCCCUUACAACACCAUCACCUCCAGAAGGCAACACAACCUUCUUGGAUGGGACAACUUGGUGCGUAGCCCUUGCUGGGGUGCCUCAAAUGGAUUUACAGAAUGCUUUGGACUGGGCAUGUGGGCCUGGUAGGGCUGAUUGUAGCCCAAUUCAAACUGGUGGCCGAUGCUUUGACCCCGAUACACUUCUGGCCCAUGCAUCUUUCGCUUUCAAUAGCUACUACCAACAAAAUGGGAAUUCUGAUAUUGCUUGCAAUUUUGGAGGAGCAGCCACCUUAACCAAAAGUAACCCAAGUUAUGAGGAAUGCAGCUAUGACACGUCUGGGUCCAUAAAAUCCUCAGCCCCACAGUUAUCAAACCAUAAACCGCAAAUUACUUGGUGGAAGCUUGCCAUGGUAGUUCUUCUGUUGUAUGCAAGAAAUUAAUCAAUGGUAGACUUGCCAUGGUAGUUCUUCUGUUCUUCUGUUGUAUGAAAGAAACAAAAAGGGGCUGAAAACUAUACCCUUAUCCUAUCAACCUCACAAAUGUGAAGUGUCAAUGAGA